AUGCCUGCCGCAACCGAAGUCCAUCCGGCCAGCGGCGGCCUGUCCGCACUACGACACACGCCUCCCGGGUCUCCUGCUGGCGGUCCUGCCUCGCUGUCGUCGUCCGUCUCGUCGGUAGCCUCGUCGUCGUCAGCGUCCAACAUGCACAGCUCAUCGUCACUCGCGUCCAUGUCGAGCGCAACGUCGACCACCAGCUCCAACGCCAACUCGCGGCAGCAGCAGCAGCAGCAGCAGCAGCAGCAGCACGACCGGCAGGCAGAAAAGGCAGAAAAGGCAGAAAAGCGCGCUGCGAGCGGCCGCGACACUGUCCGAGAGUACCGCCAUGCGCUCACCAUGAGCAACACGAUGCGCAUGUCCAAGCAGCGCAAGACGCUGACCACGGACGCCGUGGCAGAGCUUCGAAGACGCGUCGAACAGUACAACUCGACGCGCGACGAGCCAAACUUUCAUCUGCAGCUCGAAGAGACACAGUCCACCGUCCUGUUCUCGGGCAUGGUCAAAAUCACCAGCUACCUCACAGGCAUGGAGGCGCGCACAACCAUCAUGCGCAUCAACAAUCGCGUCGUGACGCCGGACGUCAUUUCGGCGCUCAUGACCAAGUACCAUCUGGACAAGUCGAACGAUGUUGCCGACUAUGAGCUGUUUGUGCACUCGCGCGGGCACGAAUGCUCGCUUGUGCCGACCGAAUUCCCCCUCGAAAUCAAGCUGCUACUCGACACGGAUCCCAGCUUCCCAGACAACAAUGUCGAGUUUAUCCUGCGGCAGUCCUCCAAGAGCGCAGACCUCUUGCUCAAUCAGACCAUCCAGAAUCCGCUGUUCGAGCGUCGCGUCUCGAUCGUUCCCGACAGCGGCAUUCGACUCAAAUCGGGCUACCUGAACAAGCGCUCCAUGGCGCCCGGCACCACGCGCAACUGGAAGGUCUGCUACUUUGUCUUGUCGAACGACUCGCUCGCCUACUACAAGUCAUCCAGCGACACGUCUCCGACCGCCGUCUAUCACAUUUCACAGCUCACCGACAUUGAGUAUGUCGAAGAGUCGCUCAUCCGGCGAAAGUACUGCUUCCGCAUGGCGUGCCCCUCGUACAUUUUCUGCUGCGCCGUCGACGAAAAGUCGUGCCGCGACUGGGUGGAGCGCUUGCGGCAAGUCCGACAAAUGUGGGACUUGCAUCCCGAGCAGCAGCGCCACCUGCUCAACCAGCGCCGCCACUGGCGCUACGUGGGCCAAUUGCCCGCCUCUGGCUCGAGCAGCUCCGCGACGCCAGCUCGCAACCGCUCAACCAGCACUGCCAAGCCGGCAUUGACCAAGCCGGACAAGAGCCACAGCUCGUCCAACAGCCUUUCCGGCAUCGCUGCGUUUGGCGUGUCCGACCCUAGUAACAGCAGCAGCAGCAGCAGCAACAGCAGCAGCAAUAAUAAUAAUGCUGGUGCUGCCUCUGCUGCCGCGGCUCAUACUACAACGCCAGACAAGACGACCGCCGCAGCCGCAGCCGCAGCCCCUGCCGCAUCGUCCUCUGCCGUCGAGCCAUUUUCGUACAACAGCAGCACGUUUGGCUCUGGCUUCCCUGCGAUUGGAUUCAUGUCACCCCAACUCUCCCGCUCGUCUUCUCUCUCGAACGUCAAUGGCACGAUGAACGGAACGGGCGCUGGCACUGCCGACACUGCCGCCGUCGACCACAAGGAGGUGGAGAGCGGAUUGUUGAAACUCGGCCGAUUCGUGCGGCGAGCCUCCCACCGAUUGUCCCGCAAAAAGUCCGUCUCCGACUCGCACAACCACUCGUCCGCCGACGCUUCGGUCGCCACAUCUGCCAGCGUCUCGGCCCCGACGACCCCGUCCGCUCCCAAGGAGGUCAUCAUCACGCCCGGCACGCCACCUCCCAAGCCCAAGCGGUCGCUGCGCAACUCGUUCCGACGCAAGAAGGCAAAGGACACUGCAGAGUCUGUCUUUAGCACCGUGGACUCGAGCACCAGCAAGACGUCUGGGGCGGCAACUCCCGCAACAUCGUCCGUCUCCUCGGCCGCCACGAUUGCCCCGGCUGACUUUGAGGCCAUGUCGCCCGGCUUUUACGGGUCGAUGAUGGUUCACGACGUGCCCCAGCUCGAGUUUGACGCCUCUGGCAUUGACUUUGAGGACGACGACUACUUUACCCGCUUUGUCAAGGGCGACGACACGAACGCGUGGGAGGGCAUCACCAUGGUCGAGCUGGGAUGUUUUGUCGACUCGCUGAUCGAGUCAGAGCACACCGCCAUUCAAGCAGUUCGUGCGCGCUAUGCGGCCCACAAGUUCUUGCUGUUGCACGCCAUCGAGUCGCUGACGGAAGACGAGCAGGAGCUUGCCCAAGUUCGCGCUCAAAUCGCCGCCGUGCAAGCAGAGUACCCCGACCAUCCCGAGGGCGACACGCAUGCCGUGACCACGCCGUCCAAGCGCACCAUGUCCUCCAAAUCGUCGUCCUCAUCGUCGGUCGCGUUGCCCGCAAACUUUGUGACGGGCAACCACGUGCCGCCGACCCCGCGCGCCAGCAACGGAACGCACAUUGCCAGCUCGAACGCGAGCUCUCUGGCUGGCACGCAUCCGGGCAGCAUAUCCAGCAUCAACAGCGUUGGUAGUGUUCAUAGCGCUGCCAGCAACCAGAGCUCGUCUGCGAGCACCCACUCGGGUGAUAAUCGCUCCAACACGGCGCUGGCCAAGGCAGCCAACCGACUCUCCUGGUCGGGUGUGGCUGACGCGUCCUUGCAGGACUAUGAGCUGAGCAACGCGCUCAUGGCCCCUGCCAACACGGGCAACUUGAACGUCCCAGCCCCGCCCACGCUGAAGCGCUCCAAGUCGCUCACACGCAGCGAGCUCCGCAAGAGCAAGCGCGACAGUUCGCGCGCCCAAAAGGAGCUCGACAAGCGAUUGCUGCAGAUUGAGAAGGAAAAGAAGGAGCUCGAGAAGAGACAAAAAGAUCUCGAGCGCCGUGAGCGCGACCUGCUUGUGGAGCAGGAGCGUGAACGCGAUCGACAGCUCAAGAAGGCCAUCAAGACGGGCCAAGUCGCGACCGAAAUGCCCGCUCAAGACAACGCUCAUCCCGACGGCGUCGAGCAAGAAGAAGAAGAGCCGCAAGGCAUCUUUUCCAAGCUCGUUCGGCGGCGUUCGACGUUGCGGAAGAAGCGCAAUAUUGACGAAGUUCCGACGCCGUCCUAA